AUGGGUCUUGUCGCGCUUGUACUCGACCAUGUCUGUGAACGUUGCUCGAGCCUGCCGGUUUGGGCCCUGUCUGGGUUGGCCUUGCUUUGCAUCUUCGCUCUCGCUGUUGUCGUGAACGUCUUGCGACAAAUUAUCUUCAAGAACCCCAAUGAGCCCCCGGUCGUGUUUCACUGGUUCCCUUUUGUUGGCAGUACUAUUAGCUACGGCAUUGACCCCUACAAUUUCUUUUUCAAUUGUCGAGCAAAAUACGGAGAUAUCUUCACGUUCAUUCUUCUAGGAAAGAAGACCACCGUUUAUCUUGGUACUAAGGGCAACGACUUCAUUCUGAAUGGAAAGCUCAAGGAUGUGUGUGCUGAGGAAGUUUAUUCUCCGCUGACCACCCCUGUCUUUGGACGCCACGUUGUAUACGACUGUCCCAACGCGAAACUCAUGGAGCAAAAGAAGUUUGUGAAAUACGGCCUCACCUCGGACGCGCUCCGUUCCUACGUCCGGUUGAUCACCUCGGAGGUUGAGGAUUUUGCCCAGAACUCUCCGGUUUUUGAAAGUAUGAAGGGCGUUUUUGAUGUGUCCAAGACGGUUGCCGAGAUAACGAUAUAUACUGCCUCGCGUUCUCUCCAAGGAAAGGAGGUCCGCGACAAAUUCGAUUCAACGUUUGCGGAUUUGUAUCACGACCUUGAUAUGGGAUUUGCUCCCAUCAACUUCAUGUUACCCUACGCGCCUCUUCCACACAAUCGGAAGCGUGAUGCUGCUCAGAAGAAAAUGGCCGAGACUUAUACAGAGAUUAUCAAAGCGCGUCGCAAAGCCGGUGACAAGAAGGACUCUGAGGACAUGGUCUGGAACCUUAUGUCCUGCGUUUACAAGAAUGGCACACCGCUACCUGAUCAAGAAAUUGCUCACAUGAUGAUCGCACUCCUGAUGGCUGGCCAGCACUCGUCUUCUUCUACGCUGUCGUGGAUUCUCCUUCAUCUCUCAAGGCAUCCGGAAAUCGUGGAGGAGCUUUAUCAGGAACAAUUGAAGGUUCUGGGGUCUGAAAUGCCUCUGACGUACGAUGAUCUCCAAAAGUUGGAACUUCAUUCCAAAAUAAUCAAAGAGACACUGCGCAUCCAUGCACCUAUCCACUCCAUCAUCAGGGCAGUGAAAAGCCCAAUGCCUGUACCCGGAACCUCCUAUGUCAUUCCAACAUCACACAACGUGCUUUCCUCUCCUGGAGUUACAGCUAGGUCCGAUGAAUAUUUUCCAACCCCCUUGAAGUGGGAUCCUCACCGCUGGGAUGGGAACCCGAUUGCCAACUCUGCCGAGGAUGAGGAGAAGAUCGACUACGGCUAUGGUCUUGUUAGCAAGGGAACCAAUAGCCCCUAUCUUCCAUUCGGUGCUGGGAGACACAGAUGCAUCGGUGAGCAGUUUGCCUACGUUCAACUUAUCACUAUUACUGCCGCUCUUGUGCGGCUGUUCAAAUUUGACACUGUCUCUGAGUCGGACAAAACAUCUGUCCCAGAGACAGAUUACUCGUCUCUGUUCUCAAGGCCUGCAGGUAAAUCGUUUGUGCAGUACGAGAAGCGCAAACGGGCAAUGAAUGCGUGA